GAAGUGGGGGCAGUGUCACCAAAAUCAGGAAACCAAGUGUUGCUAUUAAUACAUCUGAGCAGAGGGCUGCAGUGCAGCUGGUGAAAGCUGAUGUUGUCUCAGUUGAAGAGGACAGAAGCUCCAGUGAACCUCAGACACCAAAAGGACAUAUUUGGACAAAUGAUGCCUUUCGUGGGGUGAUUUUUGCACACUCGGCGACCAUGGAGGAACCCCACCGCGGUGUUGGAUCAGGGAAACCCGAACCGCACGAGCUGUUGAUUCUGCACGCGGCCGAGGCCCAGGAGUGGGCGACCUACUUGCAGCAGAUCUUGAAAUCCUCCAGAAAGUUCCGCAAGCGGUCCAUUUGGCUGCACGCGCUCGACCCGGACGCUCGGCUCCGCGGGGGCGACUUUGACCGCUUCCGGAGCUGCGGGUGCGUCGUGCUGCUCCUCACCGGAGCGCUCCUCGACAUGCUCCGUGACCCCGGGGCGCGGGAGCCCCUGCGGAGGCCGCUUCGCCCGCCGCACCGCAUGGUGGCGCUGCUGUGCGGCGUGUCGGAGGACGACGUGCCGGCGGACUGCUUCGAGGACUGGCCCAGCUGGAGGAAACUGUACGCCGAGGACGAGCCCGCCCUCUACGUCGCCACCAUUUUGGAGGCCAUCGCUGACAGCGGGCGACGGAAGGCCGAACAUGUGGGCGAGGCUGUCGCUGCGUCAGAGCUGCCCGUCACAGCUGCCUCUUCCACUGAAAAUCUCGCCACCGGUGAAACGGGGCAAGUGGCGUCAGGCGAGCGCCAAGAAGCCGCCCAGAGGGACGAAGAACCGGCGAGCGCGCCGGACUCAACAAGCGAGCACCCGAGUACACCCACGCAGCUCACCUGUCUCACCAUUCAGCCAAACAGGCUCCUGUGUGGGGGACGGGAGACACUUUUUAUCAUUUUCACGCAUAAAGCAGACGAUCGGACGGCACCGGAGGUGGAGUUUUCAUCUGAAAAUGUGGCUCCAAAAAGGGUCCCGGGCACUGUGGAGAACGAGUACACUAUAAGUGUCACUGCGCCUGAUAUGCCUGCCGGAGUGGUGUCACUCACCAUGUACACUUCCCAAUGCUGCGUCAGCUUGACGCCCGUUAUGUUUUACACCAAGAUGGGGGAAGUCAGUCGCUUUCUUGAAGAUGCUGCAGAUCCUGUGGACUUCAUCUGCCAGGCCUUCGACUUGACGUCCAAUGCAACGGAAUCACUGGACAAAAUGCUCACGGACUCGUUGAAGUCCAUGAUGCCUGCAACCGGUUUUCAGCUGUUUGGAAUCAGACAGAUUGAAGAAGACAAUAUGGCGGCAUAUCAGCGUCGUGAGGAGCUUCCCACGCUGCUCCACUUCGCUGCUAAGUACGGCCUGAAGAAGCUGACCACCAUUCUGCUUCAGUGUCCCGGGGCUCUGCAGGCUUAUAGCGUGAUGAACAAGUCAGGAGACUACCCCAACACGCUGGCAGAGAAGAGCGGCUUCUUCCAGCUCAGACAGUUCAUGGACGAGUUUGUCGAGACGGCAGACAUGCUCAAGUCCCACAUUGAGGACUCCAUCCACACGGAGGAAGGUGCCGACGUGUAUGAGCUGAUGUCAGAGAACUCUCAAGAUAUCAUGAUGAAGUACUCGGGUUGCUCAGAGGACAUAUAUGAGUCCAUGCUGGGGAUUGACCCUAAAUGUGCAGAGGACCUAUACGAGGUGAUGACCGCAGUAGACGAGAACCCAGAAGAAGCAAUGCUGAGGAAGUUCUUCCAAGCGAAACCACAUGCAGGUGUAAACCAGGACGACAACGACCGCCUUAAAAGUGAGGAAGAGGAAAAGGGAAGUCAUAAUGACUUGGAUGAAGUCGAAGAAGAGGAGGAUCCUUACAACGUCUGUCCGGAGGAUAUCUAUGAUACUGUGGAUCCAAACAGCAGCUGCAUCCCAGAAAUCCUGAACCGCCCACCAGCCCCCAUCCCCAGACCCGAGUCCAUGUCUGAUCUUGAAAAGCAUCAGACCUACAUCUCCAGAGUGUUUUCAGAUAAAGCUGCAUCCCAGAGUAGAACGAUGGAAACGGGAUGUCCUGCAGCUCAGUCUGGGGCGGACCCGCCCUUUCCUGAUUAUGACCCCUACGCUGGGAUGAAGACACCUGGACAGAGGCAGCUCAUCUCUCUGCAGGAGAGGGUGAAGGUGGGGGAGAUCACCGUGGAUGAGGCCGUCCAAGAGUUCAAGGCCUGGCAGUUUGACCAUGAGCGCAGAUCCAGCUCCAUACGCUAUCAGCAGGAAAAUCUGAAGCGAUUACGAGAUAGCAUCACCAGACGCCACAAGGAGAGAGAGAAGACCGGAAAGGACCUCGACUAUGAGAUAAGUGCUCCGCUGCAGAGGAACCUUUACUGGGGCCCCAAUGAGGCGUUAAAGUGCUCUGUGUACGAUUCGGCACCCAGAAUGGUGGCUCCGCCUCCUCUUCCUCUGGCGCCGCACAGCAUCCAGCGAGGCAGCUGGCAGACGGGGAGCACGUCCAGCACAUCCAGUACCGAGAGCAACCGACUCAGCACUCACAGCACCUUGAGCUACAGCAGCGGGACGGAGCCCGACUUUGAGGACAUGACAGAAAUUGGCCCCCCGCCACGCCCCGCGCGGCCGCCUGACGCGGCGCCCCUCACUUCUCCACCCAGGAUUCCUCCGCGCAUCCCGGAGAGGGUGCCAGAGAAGAUGCUAAACGAGCGCUACAUAUCCUGCCCGACUCGAGCACUUCCUCAAAGACCCAGCCAGAGACCCACAAACUCGGCCCCCCCGGUACCUCGACGCCUGCGCUGAUUGACACGCGUCGGCUUCAGCUUCUAAAGUUAGGAUUAUUUUACAAGGACGGUGUGUUCCACUGUAAAGACAAUGCGAAUAUGAAUGAAUUUUGAUUUUAGUUAUUUUCAUGUAUCGGUUUAAUUGAGUUCCCAUAAUGUUUGUGUGUCGGGGGGCGGAGUGAGUCUGUGAUAUCCAGUGGUGUGGUGUGUUUUUACCGUAAAAACAUGUGUUUUACCUCUAAUAACCAUGGGACAUUUACAGAUUUGAUUGGCAACUGUAAAGUAAACAUUUUCUUAUUGAGCUUAAGUUUAAUGUGUUAGGGAAAAAGGCAAAUAAUUGGUUUGGUAAUUGUAAUCUUAAUUGGUAGUGUGUAUCCUGAUAACUGAGUUGAACUGUUUUAUAAUUAUGCUGGUACAUAAUUGCAAGUUGUUUUGGCAUUAUAUUGUACUUAUUUUACCUCAAAUGAUGUCACUGUUAUGCCUCUGAAAGAACUUACAGUUUGGUUGUGAUAUUUGUAUAUCUUUCUUACAUCGAUGAUAAAAUAACCUUUUAGGAAGUACAUUCUUUGUACAUCAGAAUUUUUCUAACUUCUGAAUUUCAUCAUAAAAUAUUAUAAAAAACGUGUUUAUUUUCUGCACUUGAA